AUCCUUUGUUGUGCUCUAACGGUCUGUCGCACUACCACCAACACCAUAGACACCACCACCAGCACCUCUAGCUCCACCCCCUUCGCAAAUGAGAUCGCUCCAGCGACUGUUGCUGGGAGCCGUUGGCGACGACGAACGAGAUGAGCUUCCUUUUCUGCACAGCCUCUCGAGUCGAUCGGACGUGUUUCACCAAGCCCGGACGUGCUUUGUCAAGAGCUAGUUGGUGUUGGUGCGUGUGUGUGUUAGUCGCGAUUUUGGAGAAAAUUCUUUGAUAGCGUCGCACAUCUCGGUGGUCGAACAAUGGAUCAUAGCAACAGAGACGACACCGGCUUGGAUUCGUCGAACGAUGAGUUUGAUUUGGCGUCGCCGAGCUUUUACGAGCUGGACCGGCCAGCUAUGUCAAUCUCGCCGAUAGAAACGGAGGACGGGCCGGCGGUUUCGGCCUCACCCAUUCCGCCGCUGCUGGCGUCCCCGGAGCAGCAGCCGAUGAAUUUGUCGGUGGGCGGCGGGCAAUCGGCGCGCACACCGGCGCGCCCACAGACGCGCAGAACGGUAGGGCAGAACGGGCAGAACGAGGCAGGGCCGGUGCACGCAUCAGCAUCCUUUAGGCGCCCUGUAGUGCUGCUGCAGGACAACGUGAGGUCGCGCUUGAUCCAGCAUUACUCCAGUGAGGCCAACUCGCGACCCGACACGAUUUUGGUGAUCGUCGACCCCUGGUCGAUGGGUGCCGCGGGCCGCUUCGCGACACCGGCGCCCCCGCCGAUGGGUGCCGCGGGCCGCAGCGCAACAAUGGGGCCCCCGCCGACACCGUCGCGGCAGACGGGUAGUGGUUUGGGCGCGAUCCGGCAUCGUCGGCACAGUACGGUCGGCACAUCGACGGCGGCAGGUGGGCAGCUGCGGCGAUCCGGGCGCACGGGGCGCGAGACGGCGAUGCCCCAGCUGGACGACAUGGCGGCGGUGGAGUGGGAAGACGCGCGCAGCGAUUUGCUCUCGCCGCGCCCGGUACGCCGCGCCGCUGCCGACCAGCAGGCGGCCAGCGACGACGAAUCCAUUGCGCGCAAGCAGCGCCAAGCGGACGAAUCGUAAGAUAAUCGUAAUAUGCGCAUCGAGCCCGUUUUUGAGACACCCGAUGUGCCAUGACGAACGAUGUGAAUUACCAAUAAAGAUGAGUUCAAAGGUGUGUCUCUUGUGAGGCACCUGAAAAGCAA